UUAUGCAACGGACCGACUUUAUCCGACUGAGGCCCUCAACGCUGAAAAUGGGCGAAUCGGGCUAUCGAACUGCAAGCCCGAAAUUCAUUUCAGGCCCAAACAUGGAUUCGUUUAGCCCUCUCUCCGAGCCCAUUUGGGCCCGUUCCGAUUCGCACUUCUUCGAUCCUCCAUUCUACUAGGGUCUCCAACGCCCGAUUUUCAAUUCCUUUCGCUUCUAGUUGUCUUCCUAUGGCGUCCCCACCAAACCCUAACAACUCGCAGCCCGCCGCCAUUGACCAGCGCCGCCUGCAAUUUGUUCCGGUUGAUUUACCUCUCUCUUCUCCUAUGGUAGAUGCAAGUCCUGACGCCAUAGUGGAUAUAACCAGUCUGACUGAAGCAACCACAGGUGAGAAACGAAAAAGAGAAGGAAGAUUAAGAUCUAUAGUUUGGCAACACUUCACAAAGCUCAUAAAGGAGGAUGGAACUUGUGAAAAAUGCAAGUGUAAUCAUUGCCAUAAACUUUUUACUUCUUCAACCCGAAGUGGAACUACUCAUUUGCUUCGUCAUAUAAGUGAAGGAAUAUGUCCUGUAUUUAAGAAAGUCAAAAAGGAAAACUCGCCUGCAAUUUUCAGCUAUAUGAGCGGUAGCAUAGACCGAAAAGUUGGUAUUAACCCUUGGAAGUUUGAUCAAGAACUGGGUCAAGCAUCCAUGGAACAGUCAAUUGAUGCGCAUGAUGAUUUGUUGUCGGUGGAAUUAGAUGAUAUUGAACGUCAAACAUGCACUACAUCAGAAGGUGACUAUGGUCGCCAAACAAUGCCCGUAUCUUAUAAACUUCCUCAGCAGCCUGCCGUGAAGUCUCAGCCUAUUGCAGCAUCAUGGAUGAGUGAGUUGAGGACUUGUGUAGGUAAACUCGUUGAACUCACAAAUGAACGAGUGUCAAAGCCUAGCGUGGAUAAGACUUGUGUGACUGUUAGUACUCCCGAUUUAUCUAUAUCUUCUGUUGUGAAGUGCUUGAAUGAGAUGGAGGAUAUCCCACAAUCAAGUGCAAUGUAUUUAGAUGCUUUGGAUAUCGUAAGGGAUCCAGAAGAAAGAGAGUGUUUUAUUUGUUUAAACCCAGAGCCGCGUAGGAGAUGGCUGCAAAGGAUGUUACAUCGUCGUUUUCCCUUGCGCUAUAGCACCGAUGUUUGAACAGCUGUUUUUAUUGGGAAAAACUGGAAAGAUACUUGACCAUGUUUGUUAUCAAAGCUUUGGUUAUUGACAUAUAUUGUCAUGAUCUACUGUACUGUACAAUUUCUGUUGUUUCAAAUGAGAAUACAUACUAGAAAAUUUCUGUUGUUUCAGAUGAGAAUACUUACUAGAAAAUUUCUGUUGUUUCAAAUGAGAAUACAUACUAGAAAAACCGAAAGUAUUUGGAAGCUUAUUGAUUGUGCUAUCUGUAUAUCAAGAAUUGAAACAUUGGAUUUGGUACUUAGAAUUUUUGGAUGUCCGAAAA